UCGGCAGAAAAGCUCUACCUCAGCUAACUAUGACAGGCAAAACUGAAGCAUAUUUACCAGACUUAUUCUUCUCAGGUUUCUUUCCCUCGUUGAGCAGCGCAAAGCUUGAAAAACCAUGCCUGAACAAAGCAAUGAUUAUAGGGUGGUGGUGUUUGGAGCAGGAGGAGUUGGCAAGAGUUCGCUGGUCCUGAGAUUUGUUAAAGGCACCUUCAGAGACAGUUACAUCCCUACAAUUGAAGACACCUACAGGCAGGUGAUCAGCUGCGAUAAGAGCAUAUGCACUUUGCAGAUCACUGACACAACAGGGAGCCAUCAGUUUCCUGCCAUGCAGCGUUUGUCUAUUUCCAAAGGACAUGCUUUCAUUUUGGUCUACUCGGUCACCAGCCGGCAGUCCUUGGAGGAACUCAAGCCUAUCUACGAACAGAUCUGCCAAAUCAAAGGGGAUAUAGACAGCAUUCCAAUCAUGCUGGUGGGGAACAAGAACGACGAGGACCACAACCGAGAGGUACAGACCAACGAUGGAGAAGCCCUGGCCAAAAAGUGGAAGUGUGCCUUCAUGGAGACCUCUGCCAAGAUGAACCACAACGUGAAGGAGUUGUUCCAGGAGCUGCUGAACUUGGAAAAACGCAGGACUGUGAGCUUACAGAUUGACGGCAAAAAAAGCAAGCAACAGAAAAGGAAAGAAAAACUAAAAGGCAAAUGUGUCAUUAUGUGAAAAUAGCAGUAUCCCGGAGCUGCCAUCUAGACUCCUACUUCUGACUGUACCAUGUUUCAGACCUGUACGCAAUGGAAAA